AUGUCCAAGACCAUCACCGUCUUUGGUGCGACUGGCAACCAAGGCGGAUCCUUGGUCCAAGCCAUUCUCGCAGACCCAGUGCUCUCAAAGGAAUUUCAAGUCCGUGGCGUCACUCGCGAUGUGAAGAAGCCAAAUGCCCAAAAGCUCGCGUCCAUGGGCGUUGAGAUGGUCACGGCCGACAUGUCGUCCGCUCAAUCAGUCGCCCCCGCCGUCCAAGGCGCUCACACCGUCUUCCUCGUAACCAACUUCUGGGAGAGCAUGUCGGCCGACAUUGAAAUCUCCCAGGGAAAAGCCGUCGUCGACGCCUCCAAGGCCGCAGGCGUGCAGCACAUCAUCUUCUCGUCGCUCAUCAACGCUAACAAGGCCAGCGGCGGGCGUCUGUCCAACAUUUCGCAUUUUGACGGCAAGGCGGCCAUUGAGGAGUAUAUCCGCCACAGCGGCCUGGCCGGCACUUUUGUGUUGCCGGGCAUGUUUAUGAGCGGCUUCGAGACGAUGAUUCAGAAGAAUCCGGAGUCGGAACCGGCAGGUUAUACGUUGGCAUUGCCAGUUGAUCCGCAUAAGGCUAUAACGCCGCUUUUUGACGCUGCGGCAGACACGGGCAAAUUUGUAAAAGCAGCUAUAAAAAACUUUCCUGCUCAAUCUGGAAAGCGUAUCCUGGCCGCGGCAGAUUAUUAUACAAUCGACCGACUCAUCUCCGAGUUCUCUCAAGUGAUCGGCAAGCCCGCGCAGGCAGUCCAGAUUUCAGACGACAAGUUCAAGUCGUUCCUGUCGCCAGCAGCGGCACAAGAGCUAUUGGAGAACAUGAAACUGCUGGAAGACCCUGGCUACUAUGCCGGCGAGUCUCUGGAGCCGAGCCUGGGCCUGCUGGAAGAGAAGCCGAUAACUUGGAAAGAAUUUGUGGAGAAGAAUAAACACAAGUGGGCGUAA